GACCCAGCAAUCCCUCCAUAUUUAAUGUUUCUUCUCUCUCUACCAUUGCAGUAUGGCGCCACCCCUCUCUCUCUCUGCGUUUUUUGUUUUUUUGUUUUUGGCAGUCGAAUGAUGAUGCUGCUCUCUCCUUUAUUAGAGCCCCUUAUUCUUUUCUUUGCUUUUGAGCAACCAUCAAAAUCAUUAAACCCGACGAAACCUCAAAACAGUAGCAAGUACUCAUGCUAAACAAUUCCUGAUGACAGCUCACACCCCUUCAUUUCUCCAACUCAUGGGCCUCAAUCAUGCCCUCCUCAUGGUCUUGCUCCUUCUCUAUACUUCGCAGUUUUCUUUUGCACAACCUGUAAGUAAUUCUUCAAUGCCUUCACCACCAACACCCGAUGAUCAGAAUUCCAAGCAGAAUCAGAAAUUCAAUCCGGCGAUGGCAAUAAUCAUGGUGGUUCUUAUAAGUGCUUUCUUUUUAAUGGGCUUUUUCUCUGUCUACGUCCGACAGUGUGCCGACCGAAGGUUUCGCGGGACUCGCUUUGACCCUGCCGCAUUGGCAGGCGCAGGGCGCGGGUCUUGGAGGGGAUAUCACGGCCUUGAACAGGAGGUCAUCGACACCUUCCCUACUUUCCUUUAUUCUACAGUCAAAGGUCUUAAAAUUGGCGAAGGCUCCCUAGAAUGUGCCGUCUGCUUAAUCGAGUUCGAAGAUGACCAAACGCUGCGUUUGAUUCCGAAGUGCAGCCACGUGUUUCAUCCUGAUUGUAUCGACGCCUGGCUCGCCUCCCAUGUCACCUGCCCGGUUUGCCGCGCCAAUUUGGUUCCAAAACCGGGCGACUUGCCAGUCAAUCCGGUUCUUGUUGCUGACCCGAAUAAUGACUUGGUUGAACCGGAUUGCCACGAUAAUGUCCCUGAUGAGACGCAAAAUGAAGUUCAAGUUCAUAUCGGCAAUGAAAUUACAGGAGAGGGGCGACAACAAAUCACGAGAUCUCCAAAUAUGAAUUUGUCAAGCCCAGUCAACCAAAGCAGGCCACUUCGAUCAUGGUCAACAGGUUGGCGGUUAAAUGCAUUAUUUUCGAGUUCAAAUUCAAUCAACAAUUCAUUGAUUCAAUCGGAAGAGAAUCGCGAACGAUUUACUCUAAGGUUACCGCAAGAGGUUCAUAAUCAGUUGAUAAACUCUCGCUUGAAUCGUACAAAGAGUUGCGGGUCAUUUUCUAGAGCUAUGAGUCCAAGAAGAGGUUACAGGAGCCGAAGUGGAGGUGCUGGAAGAAGCAAGAAUUUCUUUUAUCAUGAACAAUUGGACCAAGAAGGAAAACCGGCUGACCGUUGGGGUUUCACGGUGACCCCACCUUUUAUAUGCAGAACCGGCUCGGUUCCAUCAAGAGAUGAGAGUAGUAGUGAUGGGGUGAAUGCUACUCCACCGAAGAAUUUCCUGAGGUCUGCAAGGUCUUUUAAAUCACCAUUUGAUCGUUUGUUUCUUGGGAUUGACAAUAGCAACAGAAACAGCAACAAUGAUGCUGGUGAACGAUCAUUUCAGCGGCUGAGGCCGGAUAGUCAAGUUUAAAUGCCGGUGAAUAGUUUUGGGGUGUGUGCUGCCCUCGAGAGUUUUAUGUACAUAUAUAUUUAUAUAUUUUUUCUUUU